GACAUAGAUAUGGCAAAAAUAAAAGGAAAGAAGUACCUAAAAAGGAUCAAGCUCACACACACAAAGUUCUAUCCUCUAGAUCUCGUAGCAUCAAUACCCUUCCACAAUUCCAUCCCCAUCCUUCCCGACUUUUAUCCCUUCUGUAGCCAGCUGAUUAAUGACCUGUUUGGGCAGUGCCCCUGCUCUCACUGUCUCGCCCAUCUCCUCAAUUUCUCAUCACUGACCCUAAUUUAUUUUCCAUUUCGGAACCCUAAUUUUUAAUAGCCGUAGAAAUAUUUUUUUUUGUUGAUCUGUAGAAUUUUCCUCGGAAUAAAAGUCUCUUCAAUUUCUGCUGAAGACUUGUUUAUUUCCUAUUUUAUUUCCUCAUUUUCGAGGGAUUGUAUUAUUCAUCUGCUUCAUAAACCCGCAUGAUAAAGCUGGAGUGUCUUUGUUGGUUUAUGUAUUUCUCAUGGAGUCGAAUCCCGUGAUUUUUGAUAUCAGCUCCGAUGAGGAGCCGGCAUUUGAUGAGCCCAGAAGCGGCGAUGAUGACCAUGAUUGGUUGACUGAGCUCCUCCAGACUUUUGAUAGAGAAACCGCCGACUCCGAUGAGGUUGUUGUAGUGGGCGAGUAUAAUCCGCCGAAGCCCAAGUCAAAGUCUAAGUCUUCCAAACCAUCGAAAGAUGUUGAUGAUGAUGAUUGUGUGGUUUUGGAUGGCGACCCAGAUACCCCAGUGGGUGUUGUUGAUGAUGCGACUAGCGAUGGCGAUGAUGUUCUUGUUGUUGGACAAAAGGGACAGAUUGCAUGUAGAGACUAUCCUCAUCCACGGCAUCUGUGUGCUAAAUUUCCUUUCAGUUCAACCCCACAUGAAAGACACUGUGACUUGUGCCACUGUUAUGUAUGUGACUCAAUUGCGCCAUGUGUGCACUGGGGUACAGGUAUCUCCAAUGUUGACCAUUGUCACGCCACUGAUAAACAGGAGAUAUGGAAAAAUCAGCGAGAAAGUUUUCGGCUAGGGAAAAAUGCUCCAGUAUCUGUUUUAAAACUUCCUGAUGCUCAGCUUCCUUUGGCAUUUCCCCAACUAAACCAAGUUGCAUCCUUUGAUGUUAUACAAUUGCCACCCAACUUAGGGACACAAAGUCAGCCUUCCAGGCCUGCUACAGUUCGUGCUUGCUCCUCUGCCAGGUUGCCAAAUAUUAUAAGUCGGAACAGAAACAGACGACCAGGAUGUGAUCAGAGUAGAAAUAGACUCUUGCCCCGCAUUGUUUCACAACAAGCAGUCAGCGCACAUAAUGCUGCUGUUCCACAAGAUAGAGGCCAACAAAUUAUAUCCUCUAAUACAAUGUUUAAAAGGGCAGGAAUCAUCAGGGGUCCUUUUUCAAGGAACCAAUCUAUGUAUGGCAUUGCAAACAACAAGAAUUGUGCCCCUGCAUCUCACUACACUAGGAAUAAUGUUUCACUGGCCGCGAUAAAUGCUAAAAAUCCUUCUGGUUGGCAGGAUGAUCAACCGUACAUGACUUCAGACUCAUACACUUAUCUGAGCCCUACGCAGGGCAGUGUCACUUCAAACGUAGUGGCUCUUCAACCUGAUGUGUACAGUCAGCCUACUCUGCAGUCAAAUGAUGGUGAAAACAUAUAUCAGAAUCAAAGCCAAAAUUUUGUCAAUUCAAUUUUUCCUGAUCUUGAGUCUGAUUGGUUUAGCAACUUGAGUGAAAGCAAUCACCAAGUUUCAGCUGAAAAUAUUCAUCCUCAUGGUACAGGGUCCAACAAUGAGCCCACAACUGUCAAGCAGUUUAGUACCCAUUUUACUGGAAGCACUGACCUACACCAGAAGAAUCAUGAUUACGAGAGCUGGUUGUUAGGUCAGUCUGAUGCAGUGGUCUCUGCUGGUUGUGUGCCUGCUGAUCUGAACGCAUUUUCUCCUGAGCUCUCUGGUUUUGAUGCGGGUAUGCUUUGUUUUGAUUUUUAACGCCUUUUGAAUGAUCUGGGGCCUGUGCAGCUACAAUUGCUAAUUGCGCUUAUUGAGAAGUAUUAAAGCUGGUUUAUUCUGCAGCUCUUUUCAAUUGGACAAAAUAAUUGCUAUUAGGAACUGAAAAAAGGGAGAUUUAAAAAGUGUACACUCAUCUUAGAUCACUGGUGUAUAAAUUAUUAUGAGGCAAAUGAUUUUUGUACAGAUGAUGGCUGUUAUUUGGUCUUAUAUUUAUAUGGAUCUAAUGGUUAUGGUAUGGUUCUCAUA